GUUUCUCUCUCCCCCCCCUCCCUCUCUCUCUCUCCCCCCCCCUCAAAACCCUAAAAAAGAAAAGGUUAGGGUUCCCCCAAACCCUAAGCUAACCAAUUCUCUCAGAUCUCGAGCUGGCGAUCUCCUAUGGAUCGGUUCAGGGCUCAUCAAUCGUUCUCGGAUUCUUCCGAGAUGGAGAUUUGAGGUGAUCGGGGGCUAAUUAAAGAAGAAAGAGUUAAAAGCAAAGGCAGAAGUUUUGUGCCUUGGAUCGAGGGGAGGACUACUGAAGAGCAUACUGUUUGACUGGUUUCAUGGGAUGGAAGCAAGUUUGUUAACUAGGCCCAGUGACAUUGCUGAGCAACCUACUCUUGUUUAUAACUAUAGCCAUUCGCCAAUAACAUCAAUAGCUGAAGAGCUAGUUCUUUCCCAGCGAGAGUCUACCAAUUGCGAGCAUUUUACUAUCCGUAGUUACGUUUCUGAGGUUCGGAAGAGAAAUGCGAAGAUCUGUUGGCCAUUUUCUAUGGUUAACCACACGGAUAAAGAAAUCAACAUUUUGCCUCCUCUACACGUGGAAAGGUUCAGGCAAUGGGAUUGUCAGAGUUGUCUGCCAAAGACCAUUGCUCAUGAGGCUAUCCUAAAAAGUGGAGCAAAAAUAUCUAAUCUUGAUGGCAAGGGGAAAGAUGGACAUAUUAGACUGCUUAGAGAUGCAACUAUGGCAUCUCAUCGUGCGACAAAAAGGUCUCUUGUCAUAUCCACAGAGAAAUCUGAAGAGAACUGUUUUCGUGUUAGUAGUGGUGAAGGGCGCCCAUUACUGUGUCGUGGAAAGAAAUGUGAUGAAUGUCCAACUUCAAACUUCAUUAAAGGAGGUGACAGGAUCGCUAAAGAUGGCUGUAAUAGACCAAAAGAAAAUAAAGAUCUGAUGAGCAAACCAGAAGUUGUAUCAGAAGGACAGGAAACAUACGAAAAAAGAGAAAAAGAAGGAAAUGUUAUGGUCAGAGCAAACAAUUCAGAUAUUGCACUUCUUUCUCCAGAUACUCCAAACAUAUGGUCUUGCAGAAGGGAUAGAACUGCAUUAGCUCAUCGAACUGGUGGGAAGGGAACAUGUAAAAAAAUAUUUACAUCCUUAAGCUUCAGGGCUCCAGUAUCUGACAAAGAACAGGAUCAAGGGCUCAGAAGAUUAGGCAAAAGGAAGCAAGCAGACAGUCUUGUGACCAAGGCACAGAGAACAUCAAUGCUAGGUGUAGACAUAGAAACUCCAGGUGAUGGAUCCCCUCCUGCUCAAUUGACUCUUUUAUCACAUGAUUCAGAAGAUCUAGAUGAAUUUGGUGAUGAAGCAUCUGAUACUUCCACUCAAUUGAUCAAGAAUGUGCUUCAUAACCAAGGUGAUGCCAGAAAAGAGAAGUCACAGCCCAGAAAGAUUCGCAAAAUGCGAACAUUAGAUGACAUCAUGAAAAGCGUGGAAAUAGUACAUGAUGAAAAGAACUGUACUUCUAGCAAAAAUGUGGAUGCCAGUGGCGGGGAUAGUAUCCAAUCCCCUGAUGCGUCAGCACAAACUGAAAACCCGAAUCAUGCAUGUUAUCUGAGUCAAAAUAGUGGAGCAACAGAAAUCAAAAGGAAGACUACAAAAGAAGCCGUACCAAAUGACAGCGAAGGAACUUGUCUAAUUCAGUGGCUGAAGAAGGCGUCUAAAAAAGGUGGCUCGCAUAGGGGUGUGCAAGGAGAUGAGCAUGUCAAUGUUGCAGUCAGUCCAUCUAAAUCUUCUACUGUCAAAGACCUAGAUCUUAACCUGGAAUACUCUGGCAAGGAAGAAAAUAAGCAAGAAAUAAUAUGGAAAAAGAAGCAAAAUUUGAUGCCUGCAAUGGAAGUCCAGAAGCCUUCUUCCAUGCCAAAAGAGGAUAGCAUGACACACAAAGAUCAUUUCAUUAUGGAGAAAUUACUAGACAAGAGUUUUCAUUUUAAACCCACAGGGAUUAUGAUAUCUGAGAAAUUCCAGCAUCGAAAAUUAGAAACUCAAGAGAGCAACCAUAAGAAAUUUCAGCUGAAGAAUAAGAAGAAUAAGCGGCCUCUAUUUGAAGACAGGGAUCAACAGUGUUUCAAGGAUUCUUGGGGUGUACAGAAGCAAUCUGUCUCCAAACUACACAGAGAAGUGAAGAAAAAGCAACGAAUCAUGAAAAUAUCCAACCAAGAGUCUGCAGAGGACAUUCCUAUGGAUAUUGUUGAGCUCUUAGCUAAGAAACAACAAGAAAGACGUCUUUCGAAGACCAAAUAUGACAGUCUUAAUACAAGUAAAUCGCCAAAGACAACUGGAGCUAUGAAGGAUAACAAUGUAUCAGUUGACACCACAGAGGCUCUCAAAGGCAAGGUAUCAGAUUCAACACAUAGAUGCCUCAAUCAAGAAGAACCUCAGAGCAACACAGCUCACGGUGCUUCCACUUCUGGAAGAAUUGAUGGGGAUGCUGAAUGUAGAUCAAGAGAUGCCCAUUCUUGUAGUGGAACUAAGCAGUAUCAUCACUUCGAUCUGAACCAAGAAGCACCAGCUUGCACAUCUCAAGAGUUACAGACACCUUCACCAUAUAUUGGUCUUUCAAUGAGUGGAGCUCAACUUUCUAUCGUCGAUGCCCCUCGAAAUCAUUCUCCACAAAACUUGUCCACAAAUGGGACGUGGAUGCUACCAUUUUGUUCUACAGCUUCACCUCAGUAUUUCUUUAGCAAUGCUCAUGAUAGAUCAUGUCAGUUACUGCACGGUUAUUCUCAAAUCAAUAGUGUUGGACAUAAUGCUGGUUAUCAACCAUUGGUAAAUCCGAUUAAAGAGAAAUGUGAUCCCUCUUUAGGCAGAGGAGUUUGGGCAGCAAAAUCUUUUGCAGAGCCAGGAAAUGUGUAUUAUUCUAAUAUGAUGGGGCCAGUGGAUUUUAACAAGAAUGAAACCAUUUCCUCGUUAAAUUUGCUCAAGCUCGUUCAACAAUCGGCUUGUUCAGGUGAAACCCCACAUUUUUCAGGAUAUAGUAAUGAUAUGGGGUAUAUUCAAGCAUUUAAUGCUCAUGGCAGGGAAUUUCUUGGACCCAAAGUUGAUGUGAGACAUUCUUAUAUGCCCUUACUAGAUGAGCAAGCAAGAAAUAUCUGUAAGCCCCUCCGUCCACACCCCAGAAUUGGUGUUCUAGGCCCUCAGUUGCAGAAGGAAAUCACUAACACGUCAAAUAACAUCACUCCAACACUCGGUUUUGGAGCUAGAAAUCCAAGUGAAGUAACUUUCCAUAAAACUAGUUUUACAGCUACAUGGUCCAAUGCACAAACUUCUCAUAAGACUACCGAGAAAGGGAAAGCUGAAGCCAUUAAUUGCCAAACCUCUUUAUCUCGGUAUGUUGGCUCUGAAAUGAUUGGUUCUACUAAUGUAUCUCUUGAAGACCCUGGGUGCUCUCUGGAAAAUGAUACUAUUGGUAAAGCUGGGGCGUUUCAGCCUCUCAGAAACAGUUUGAAGAUGGAAGAAUGUGUUCUUAAUAGAAAUCCAGCUGACUUUGCUAUGCCAGAUGAAGACAGUGAGUAUAUGAUAGGAUAUGAAGAGAGAAAAAAGGACCAGCCACUCUGCGAAAGCCAACAGCCACUAAUUCAUCUACAGAUCAAGAAGGGUCAGAAAAUGAGGAACCUUAAUGAUCUAAAUCGGUCUGGGACACGUAAAAAGUCUUCAUUAAGCAAGCUGAGUUGUCCCCAGAAGGCAAAAUAAGUGGUUUUAGAGUGUGCAGACUAAGACUACUUGAACUUGUGAACCUUCACUGUAAAGAAAGAAAUAAAUACAUUAUGUGAUAAUAAUCGUUCGAUGGCUUAGAAUGAGCCUCAAUGCCUCAUGUAACUCUCAAUAAAAGGAAGCUUCAAUGGGCUUCAGAAAACUAAGGACAGUUGAGAUGCCUUACUGUAAAAGAGUCAUUGGACGACUUCAGUUAUUUUGGUUCCUGUAUAAUUAGCAAUAUAAACUUACUCACGAUAAUGUAAUGUUGUAGCAAGUAUGAACGUGAGGUGGUCUUCACCUUUUUGUUGUGACAUAUAUAUGAAUGAAAUGAUCUAUU